GGACAACUGAGAACGGACGUCACAGGCUGAACUCUCAUCCUCCUCUGCUGCCAUUCACUCUGUAUCUGAUGAUGCAAGGCGUGCCGUGCCACACCGGCCUCCUCAUGUGAUACAGAAAGGAGGUGGAGGAGGUGGCGGGUGUCCUAAAAGAGUACGCAGCUCCCUGUCUGCUGUACAGUCCGUGGUCCUGCUGCACACUCCAUCAGUCCUGAUCCAGAUCCAGGUCACCCCGGGGCGGAGCUGCACUGUAGAGCGCACGGCGGAGACUCACUGCCUUCUCCAAUCACACAGUCGAGCUCUGCGCCUUCGGACGUAACGUUUCCUGCUCUUUUCCCACAGAAGACACAUUAUUAUUAUUUUCAUCCUCUGUUGACUGUUCAUGAUGGGAGCGGAGAGCUCAGUGCAGGUGGACGGGAAGAGCCCGGAGGAGGAUGCGUCAGCCUCCACCGGGGAGGUGAGUGCGGAGGUGAAGGUGCUCCAGGAGGAAGGCGGCGCCCUCGACAGCAAGUCUUUGCAGAAAAAUGGACAGAUUUCCAGCAUGACCAGCCUGAAUGGACACUCAGAGGACGACACCCUGGCAGAAGUUGGGCAGCCUGACUCUGUGACUGUAGCUCAGAAAGAAGAAGCUCCUGAGAUGACAGUCACAACGCAGGAGGAAGUGGCACCUCAAGUAAAUGGAGAGAAAGUGGAGAAGGAGUCUCCCGAUGCCAACGACAUUUCGGCUGUGGAGGAGACAGCAGGAGAGGAGAAACCUGAUAAUGCCACUGAAGUGGGCUUUAAGAAAAUCUUUCGCUUUGUUGGCUUCAAGUUCACUUUGAAAAAGGACAAAGGUGAGGAGAAAGAGCCAGUGAAGCUACUGACCAUCAAAGAUAAAGACGGGGUGGAGGAAAAUGGGACUGAUGAACCCAAAAAGGAGGAGGACACUGUUUCUGCUGAGGACAAGAGCACAGAGGAAGAAAAGAUGGCUGACACAGAGGCCUCCACUGUUGAAGCAGUCCCUGAAGAUAAACCCGAGAAUGUUGAAACCACUGAUGCCCCACCUGAAGCUGCUGCUGCUGAAAAAACUGAUGAAGAAGUCAAAGAAGAUGAUGUGACCAAGGAAGGAGAGGCAAAUCAGGAUGUAACAAUGACUCUCUCCCCCUUAAAGAAACUAUUUAGUACAGGUCUCUUCUCCAACCUAAGAAAGAAGUCCAGCGUCAAAAAGACGAAAGAUGAGGAAGGAAAGGAAGCAGCAGCAGAAGAGACCACAGCGGCAGCAGAAGAAACCCCAGCCGAAGUGCAGGAUGAACAGGAUGUGACAGUUGAGGAAAAAGAAAAUGUGACAGGAGAAAAAACCAAGGAGGAGGCAGUAACAACUCCAGAGGUAGAAAAAUGUGAGUCAAAGGAGGAAGCACCAGCUAGUCCAACAGAACCAGAACCAAAUGUCACUGCAGUGCCCGAGCCCACCCCUGAAACUGAAGCACCAGCAGAAACUACUAGUGAUGACCCCAAACAAGAGGAGGAAAAGGCAGAAGGUAGCCAUGCAGAGGAGAAGACUACAACAGAGGUGACACCUGAGCCUGAGAUUAUUUCAUCACAAGAGAAAGCAAAGCCACAAGGCAGCCCCCUGAAGAAGCUCUUUACUGGUGCUGGCCUGAGGAAAUUGUCAACAAAAAAACAAAAGGCCAAGAAAGACACUGAGAGCAAAUUGACCGAGUCUGGAGAACAAACGGCCGAACAACUUCAAUCCUCCUCUGAGUCAACUGAAGCACCUAAAACUGAGAGUGGACCCUCAUCUCCAGAGGACUCAGGAGAGCAUGCUAUCGAUGUGGAGGUUACGCAGAAUGGGUCAAGUCAAGAGGCAGAUGCAGAGGUAACCAGUGAUGGAGAGAAGAAAAAGGACGGCAUCAUUGCCUGGUCCUCCUUCAAGAGACUGGUAACACCCAAAAAGCUUGUGAAAAGAUCUUCUGACAGUGAAGAUGAGACAACAGGUGAAAAACCAGCAAAGUCAGCCACACUAUCCUCUUCAGAAAGUGCUGCCCUAACAGAUACAACGCUUGAGGAGGCAAAGGAGGAGGAUUCAAAGGAGGGGAGGUUACCUGAGGAGGAACUGAAGAAUGAAAACACAGAGAAACUGGUCAGCAGCACUGAGGAACCCAAAAAGAAAAUAGACACCUCUGUCUCAUGGGAGGCCCUUAUGUGUAUGGGUGGGACCAAAAAGCGAGCAAGGAAGACCUCUGAUUCUGAUGAUGAAGACACCAAGGUUGAAGAGGAAGCCGCUGCCCCAGCAGCUGGUACAGAAACAGCAGUGGAAGAGCUAGAGGAGACAAAAACUGAGGCUGCUGUACCUCCGGAAAACACAGAGAAUGAAGAAGUGAACAAUGAAGUUGUGUCUGCUCCUGAACCUGUAACAAGUCCCCCUGAGAGAGAAUCAGCCUGGGAUACAUUGAAACGGUUUGUCUUGUCUAAGAAUAAACCUAAGGUGGAGGAAAAACCUGAGGAGAAUGCAACUCAAUCUCAGUCAGAGAGUGAGGCACCAAAGGAAGAGUCAUCUUUCUCUCUGAGAAAGUUCCUCCCUGGACGCAGGAAGAAGAAGGUUGAAAAGCAGACCUCUGUUGAAACAGCUGAGGAGGACUCUGACACCCCUGCUGUGGUUCCACUCUCAGAAUAUGAUGACCAAGUUGUGGCUCAACAAGAAGCUCCAGCAGAACCAGCUGUAGGUCAGGUUAAAGCUGCUGAGGACAGAUCUCCUUCAUGGAUUGCAACGACAAUCCAAGACGCUGGAAACCAGCACGAUCAACUAAGUGACAUUCCAGAAGAGGCAGAGAACACUGCCACACCAAAGUCUAUUGACACUGAUAUUGUUGAAGAUGAAAUUCUAGAUGAUGCUACAACCUCCCCUAAACAUCUUGGUGGCAUGGGCCGUAGGCUGUCCACAGCCGAAGUAGCAUCUGUUGCUCCAGCUCAGGAUGCACAAGCUACACUUGUUCCUGAAGAACCCACAUCUCACUGUGCCACUGAAGUUGUUCAAAAUUUGGAGAUCCAUGUGAGUGAAAUUUCACCUCAGACAUCUGUUACUGUUGAAAAUGUACCAGUACAGGCAGCUUCUGCAGAUAUUGAGUUUGAACCUCCUACUGAAACUGCAGAGUCAAAGACAAAUACUAUCCUGCAAGUUCAUGCUCGUGAGGAGGCAGUGGCCAUCUGCACAGGCCUUGGAACCAAGGAAAUUGCUAAAAUGUCUCUGGAAAAGCCAGCAUCUCCCGUGGUGGAAGUUAUGGCUGUGGUCCGUGACCCAGUGAGCAUAAAUGUUGCUGUAGAAGAUAAACCAGCAAGUGAAGAACAGGCUGUCAUUGCAGAAGACUCUGUGUUCAAAGCUCAAGUUCUUCAAGUAGAUACCACUGACCUUGAGGGUGCUGUUGACAGUUCUCCAGAAGGAGUGCUUGACGUUCAAGCUGCCACAGAGGGUCAUGAACCUGAGAUGGAGAAAACUGGACUCAUCACUACUGCUCUGGAUGAUUCUGUUGUUCUUCAGUCUGCCACUGUAGCAGUGAACUCUCCUAAAGUUGAGGUGGUCAAUCCCAUUACACCAACAUCAGAGACAGCUGUCUGCACCCAGAGUGUUCAAGUCACUGAGCCAAAUAUAGAGACCAAAGAGCUGGCAAUGGAAGAAGAAAAUGUUGGCGCUGCCCUUGAAGAAAAUACACCUGUUACAGAGCUAGCUCAGGUUGUGACUAGGGAGACCUCUUCAACUACAUGUGAAACUGCUUUGACCACCAUGACUAAGGAGACUGAGCCAAACAUCUGUCUUGUCCUGCCAAGUGAAGAGGUUCCUGUUAUUACAGAAACCGUUGUUCUGUCCUCGCUCAGUGUAGGGUCCGAUCAAGUGGAGCUUGCAGUUGAGAAUGCAUCUUUGCUACAGACAGUUGUUGAUGAGAUAACUGAGAUGGAUAAAGGAGAAGACAUGUCUGUGGAGAUCCCAGCAGUUCAAACACUGGAGGUCAGCCAGAUGAUUAAGGAGGAAAUGCAGCAGGCUUGUGAGAGUGAGGUUCAGGGCAUGGCCAUUGCCCAGGCUGUUAUCCAGGAUGCUGUGGAGAAGUUCUCAAAAGAUAUGCCUGAACCAAAGAAACCUUCCACCACAUCAGCUGACAUACCAACACCAGUCCAGGCAGAUGCAAAAAUAGAGAAAGAGAUUGAAAUAUCCGCUGAGAUCCCUGUUAUUACUGACACCCCCAGUACUGCUGUAUGUGAAGGACCACAGUUGCAGUCACUUCACGUUGCCAUGCAGGUCGUUGACACCGUUGCAAUAGAGGUUACAGAGAGUCUUGAGGCCCCUAAAGAGGAAGAGGAAAAGGUUGUGGAAAGUCAGACUGGCGAAGAGAGUAGUCAGGUUAAAAAGGAAGAGUGUGAAGAAGAGGAAAAACUGCUAGCUGAGGAAGUGAAAGAAAAAGAUGAGGAUGAAAGUGAGACCAAAAAGCCAACCCCAGUGGUGCUGCAGAUAGCACAGGUGGUUGAGGAAGCAUCAGUGGAAGAAGAAGCUGUUGUAGAGUUUGACACCAAUGGUCCCGUAGAUGACAAGACCAGCCAGAAGGAGGAGAGACCUGAAAGUGAAAACAACCUCUCAACACUGACAGAAGAACCAACAGAGGUCUCUUCCGCAAGCCAAGUCACAGUGACCACAGAAGAAAGCCAGCCAGAGACAACAUCAAAGUGUGCAGAGGUGAUGGCACAGGUGAUCGACGUGAUCGAGGAGGCAGUGAAGGAGAUUGAGCCCGUGUCCACAGAGAUCACGGCAACAUCGUGAGCAGCUAAAAAUACAAGAUGUGUGCCUGGGAGACACACACACUGUCUGGAUCAGGAAGUGAGUGAUAAUGGAGAAGAGAGAGGCUGCUCUGUGGUGACACGAGACAGGGCCUUGUUCAUCCUGCCCAGAAAAAGACUGUGUGCCAUUGGCCCUUCACCUGUACCUUCCAGCCCUAUCCUGCAGCCCUGUCACAACAAUGUGACGCCCCACUGACAAAUCCUCACCCCCUCAGUCAAACACACACACACAGUAACGCAUGUCCUUCAACUGAAGAAUUGUCCCAUCUGGCUUGUAAUAAAUGUUGGUGUUUGUUCCACAUCUCAGUGACUUUCCCAUCGCUCUAGCUGCGUGAGAUUAGAGGCUGCAACCUGGUCGUAUGUGUGUAUGUGUGUGCGUGUCUGUAGUGUAUCAGAGUGAGAGAGGGAUAUUGUGUUAGACAGCGACAAGAUGGAGGAUUAUUACCUUGUUUAUUGUAUUUAUAUCUUGAGUAUAUUUUCAAAAUUGUAUUUUUUUUCCUCAUGUUGUUACUGUUUUGACAGAUUUUUUUCAUGUUUUAAUCAUUUCCAUAGAAGCUGCGAGACAUUAGAUUAUUUUUAGCAACAGGGUAGCUGAAGGUAGGGUCAACACACAGGCAGAAAGGCAGAAAUUAUUUUGUUUCGUCAAACGUAACAACAAAAUGUUGAACCUGUUGCAUUGAAGUGUCUUGUGCAUCACAGCGUUUUCUGUCAUGUUACAGGGAUUUUUUUAAGCAUCAGUAGCAAAUAUGACUUAACCAUGGUACAAGUGUGAUUCUGUGCAGUGGAGAAACAGGAAGUCAGAGAAUAAUAAUGACCAACUGCCAGCAAUGCCCCUCAUGAUUGACUUUAAGAAGUCUUUUUGUCCCAAGAAGACUGUCUACACUCAUCUAACAACAAGCUAAAUUAGCUUCUUGUAGAUAAGAAGCAACCACUGCUUACUUUACUGUGAAAUAACUUCAGUUAUGUUUAAUUUCAUGUUAUCGUAUAAUAAAAUAAUUCCAUAACACACUCACGUGGUCCUGUGGCAGAGUACUUGUGUACAGGAAAAAUGUUUAACACUGGACAAGUCAAACUAAGAAUACACACGCAAUUAAGAGAUUAAACAACUGUGUUAAUUUGUUUCUCUGUAGCUUGUAUAAUUUUGUUUUUACAGUACCUAUUUGAGUAUAAAAUUCAAAUGUUGGUUAGAUCUAUUUCAGCUAAAAAGUGGUUACUCCUUUUGUGUCACUCGGACUGUUAAAUAUAUAAACUAUAAAUAUUUUGGCAUGACAAGUCAACUCCUCUAAUUAGCUAAAAAAAGUGAAGGAGGACUUGGCAGCAGAUGGAUCAAUUGCAUGGUACCACAAAUAACAGCAAAAGCUAAUUUUGGUGAUCAAAUUAGGAUCAAUCAGGGAGUCACAGUGUUUUACUUUGUCAUUGUGCUGUGAAGUUUGCAAGCAGUUCAAGACCUAAAACACAAACGCAGCUUAGCAAACACCUCAUUUUCACCCGUCUUUGUGACACAAUUUAGGCAAUUCAUUUAGGUCACUACUACCCUGUAACUCCACCGGGUCACAACCAUGACUUAUGCUAAAUGUAAAAAAAAAAUGCAAUAGAAUAAAGCGUGAGAGUGAACCACAGACUUAUAACUGCUUUAUUUGGGUUAAGCAUUUAUUAGGGAACUCACAUCCUUCACUUCCUGCUUUUUUUAAACACUUAACUGUGAAUCUGUUAACAUUUGUACAGAUUGUAUACUGUAUGUACUUAAAUCAUAUUGUUGUAAUAUUAACUAAUAAUCUGCAGACAUUUAACACAAUAGUCUCAUAGCAUGGCCUAAUUGUCUUUUAUAUUUUCCAAGCUGUUAAUAGUAAGGAUACAGAAUUAUGUCUAUAUUUCAAUCAAUAAAGAUAGACAAAACUGC